AUGCUUCAAAUUUUAACCUCCCCCUCACACAUACUCUCUCUCUCUCUUUCUCUCUCUCUCUUUCUCUCUCUCUCUCUCUCUCAUAUACAUUCUCUCUAUCUCUUUCUCGUUCAACCCUGUUCCUCAUCUCUCUUUCUCUUUCAUACUAUCUCAUUCUAUCUCUCUCACGCGUUCGUUUUUCCUUUUAUCUCUCCAAUUGUCAUGUCUCUCUUGUCCUUCUCACUCAAUAACAUAUAUUUCUCUUACACACUCUCUCACAUCUUCUUUAAGCCUCUCAUUCUCCAUCUGUAUCAAUCACCCAUCCUUAUGUUUCGAUCAUACUCUCUCUCAGUCACUCUCUCUCCCUCCCUCUCUCCCCCUCUCUCUCUCUUUCUAUCAGCCUCUCUCAUUCAUUUUGUUCCUCUAGCUCCCCCAAUUCACUCAACUGCCUAUCUUACUCCCCCAUACAAUCUCUUAUUCUAUCUAUCUCUCGUGGAUUCGUUCUUCCUCUCCUUUUCAUCUCUCCAACUGACUCAGUCACACAUCUUUCUCUUUCCCCUCUCUCUCUCUCUCUCUCUCUCUUUCUCUCUACCCUCCUCCUCUUCUUUCUUCUUCUUCUUCUGA